AUGGUGUCGCUGAAGCUGCAGGCUCGUUUGGCGUCGGACAUUCUCCGCUGCGGCCGCCACCGUGUGUGGCUGGACCCCAAUGAGGCAUCUGAGAUCUCCAACGCGAACUCACGCAAGAGUGUGCGCAAGCUCAUCAAGGACGGCCUGAUCAUCCGCAAGCCCGUCAAGGUGCACUCGCGCUCCCGCUGGCGCCACAUGAAGGAGGCGAAGAGCAUGGGCCGCCACGAAGGCGCUGGACGCCGCGAGGGUACCCGCGAAGCCCGCAUGCCGAGCAAGGAGCUGUGGAUGCGCCGCCUGCGCAUUCUCCGCCGCUUGCUGCGCAAGUACCGCGAGGAGAAGAAAAUUGACCGCCACAUUUACCGCGAGCUGUACGUGAAGGCGAAGGGUAACGUGUUCCGCAACAAGCGCAACCUCAUGGAGCACAUCCACAAGGUGAAGAACGAGAAGAAGAAG